AUUACAUCUCAACCCUCGCACAGUUCACGAUUGCUAAUUGAUACAUGGUUGUUGCUCGAAACAAACCCAGAUAACAUACACAUAUAGUCCCUGGGUCAUGCGCAUGUAAAUUUUCAAAGAUAUUUUUGUUAAAGAUCAGGUAAUAUAGUGUUUACGUAAAUAACCAUCAUUACAGAUAGACUAGCCCCACAUUCCAACUAGUAAAUAAACCUCACUUGAUAGCAAAUCAAAUAUUUAAUAUUUAUUUACAAAAUGAGAGUUGUCAUACCCGUAGAUGGAAAGUGCGAACUGGCUCAACGUCGCAUACCAGAGCCGAAGAAUGGAGACGUUUUGAUCGAAAUUUACGCAACAGCUUUGAAUAGAGCUGACACUCUGAUUCGAGCGGGCAAGUACCCGGGACCACCCUCGGAUGAACCCGAAAUUCUUGGUCUAGAAUGUGCUGGGCGUAUAUCUGGGUUACCACCAAAUGGAUCAAGUCUUGGCUUUCGCGUCGGUGAUCGUGUAAUGACCCUGCUUAACUGUGGUGGUUAUGCCGAGUACGUUUGCCAGGACGAGCGCAUGCUGAUGCGUGUUUCAGAUUCGCUUUCACUGUACAAAGCGGGAGGGAUCCCCGAAACUUGGCUUACCAGUUACCAACUGCUCUUCUGGAAUGCGACUGUGAAAAAGGGCGACCAAGUACUCGUACACGCCGCGGCUAGUGGUAUCGGCACCACAGCCGUACAGCUGUGUCUAGGUGUGGGGGCUGUGCCCUACGCAACUGCAAGUUCUUUAGAAAAGCUGCACACCGUAGCCGCGCUGGGCGUAGAUGGAGAACACUGCUUCAGCCGAAAGGGAGAUAAACCCUGGGACGAGUGUUUGAUGGAGGUGUUAAAGGCGCACAAUAAGAGUGGAAUAGACACCGUGCUUGACCCUGUAGGAGGCUCGUAUGCUGUGCAGAAUGCCAAAGUUCUUGGGUUGGACUCGUCUUGGGUUUUGUUUGGAUUGAUGGGAGGAGUUGCGAUGGACUUUGAGGGUGCGGGCAGUCCUCCUUUCUUGGCCACUAUACUGAGAAAGCGUAUCAGGCUUAUGGGUACCACUCUCAAGACUCGGUCACUGGAUUACAAGAUCAAGCUCACACAAGAUUUGGUAGAACACUGCUCUGACAAGUGGGCCGAUGGGACCUACAAGCCCUUCUGCGACGAUAGGCAGUUCAAGUUGGAAGAUGCACAAGAAGCACACGAGUACAUGGAAGCCAAUCUAAACGUGGGCAAACUCAUCAUUGUUGUGAGAGAGGAUGCCGACGAACGAGCCUUGCUGUGUGGGGGAACGCCUAAGGUUUAGCUUGAGAUAAUUAUGUAAAGCUCAAUCUGUAGUUGUAUCAGGUGCAAUGGUGUACUGCUCAAUUCAUACGCAUAUAUAAAUCAAUAUGCACAAUAUGUUUAUUACCAAUGCACACAAUCCCUAAGCGAGCGCCGGAGGUCAUUGAGAUCUUCUGUACCAAAUAUUAUUUGUAAUGAAUUGCUCGAGGUGUUUUGUCCCUAGAGUGCAAUCACUGGAUGUUUGUUGUAGAUGGUCUCGUGCUCAGCAUAACGUGCUGGGAAUAACGCGCAUCGUAUAGAUACACUUUAUGUACUUUUUAAAUAAUCCUCAUUCUAUCCAAGAAAAUGCACACAUGCAGUUAUAUGGCUCAGUGCGAGCACAUCUGAAAGGUUUAUUCGGCGGUUUCUGAGGGCAACAAAUAGAUAGCUUCGUAUUUUUUAAUUUAAAAAAUACUCAAUAAUGUAAAGCAAAAUCUCAAGGUGUUUCAUUUAGUAAGCUAUGCUAUGCUCAAGCAUAACUUCAAAACUGAAAUCUAGGCUCACAGUAGAAACUCGAAGUACCGAAUGUUCUUUACUACUGCCUGUAUCUUAAAUAUUAAACUCAAAACCAAAAAAUGCACUCCAGGAGUCCAGUAUGAUUUCUCGUUUCAUAAUUGUUGAGAAAUCCAGACUUCCUAUGUAGCUAUAAAUUAAA